AUGGCGUCUGAGAGCCAGGUUGCGGACACGGGUGCCCACGUGCAUCUGCCACCAUCCCUCUGUGAAGCUCUGGUCGCGGCGUUCCCCAACGCAUCCUCGCAGACUGCACCUGACUUCGCAGCUAUGAUCGGCGACUUGCUUGCCUGUGCACCCUUGGCGAGCACUCCAGCUACGGCUAGUGCGAAGAUUUGCCGGAAGGGCAGGGCUACUCCAGAGCUCCAUGGCGGCCCUGAAGGAGCUUAUCAGCGCGAUGUCUCAACUGGCCGCUGGAGAUCACUUUCCCAAGAUCGCUCGCAGCGAACGAAGCCCAGUGCUUCCCGAGAAAUCCCAAAGUGUGGAGCAGCCAACACUUCACAGAUGCCGCGACCCGAAGAAGAGCCUCAAGAGCCGGCGCGCCCCGAGAAUGCAGCAGCCGAAGCCGCCUUGAGCAGGGCGAAGGCAGAGACCAUGAAACUUUGGGAGGCCGCCAGGAAGACUUUGGGAGAUCUACGCUGUCGGAGCUUCAAGCAGCAGGAUGCCAUGCAGCGGACGAUGGCAGAAGCCGAGCUUGAGAAGUCCAUGCUCGCGGCGGCCUGGAAGUUAUUCCGGGACUCUCUGGACAAGAAGGAGCUUGGAGAGAUCACUCGCAUGGCCGCAGGCUGUGAGGGUGGUCGAGCUUUGUCUGUUGGUGUGGCCCGUCACCUCUUCGAGAAUGUUGGUUCGUCCGGCCGAAGCAGCAGCAGGGGUGGUAAGCCGAGGGCCAAGAGGUCUUCUGCUGCUUUGCCUCCUCGACCCAAGACCGAAGAUGAGGGUGCAGAAAGGACACUAGAAAAGAAGCCGGAGAAGCUGAACGCGCGGCCUGAGUCUCCUUCAGUUCGCCAUCGAAUUGGUGCCUGGGAGAUUUCGCAAGCUGCCCCUUUUGGUGGGGCAUAG